GAAAAUGUGAAUAAGUGAAUAAGAAGAAGAGAGGUACGAGAGGAGGAGGACCUAAGAAGCGAUACAAAGCGUUACAGGUCAAAAGAAGAAGAAAAGAAAAAGGAAAAAUAUGUCCCGUUGAAUUGGCUGAAGGGACUUGUUUACAAAUAUUCGUGCGUGACCUGAGAUUCGUCAUGGGAUUGACCUGAGUGGAGGGGGAGCCCAAGAGACACAAUGGAGGGGCACAUGUCUCACUUUGGUGCAGGCCGAGGAAGCUACUCAGGAUCUUCCUCGGGGCAUUCAGAAGAAUCCUAUGACUAUGAGGAUGCAGAGUGGCUGAAGCAUGUUGGGCCCGACGGGUCACUGCUGUAUGUGGAGUCGUAUGUGUCCAGCACAGUGUGGGAGAAGCAGGCACAGGCACUGAAGGCUGCUGGUGCCGCAGAAAGGAAGCCAGCCUUUUCUCUCCCCUCAAAGGAUAUAAAAAAGCAGAACAAGCUGCUGGGGCUGUUGAAGAGACGGCCAAGUGUGCGGGUGAAAGGCAGCCCUCGUUUGGGACUUGGGGGCGAGGUUGGAGCCAAGGGUGGGGCCGAGUUAUCCCCAGCCCCAAAAGUUACAUUCAGAGACAAUCCAAGUGGAGAAGUGAGGAGAGUGAGGCUUCAGGUUUACGAGGGUGGAAAUAACCUUGGUCGCCGAGCCAGCCUCUGCGAAACUGUGUUGGGACUUGUUCCAGGAAGAUUCAGUGAACCUCCUGACUCACGCGUGAUGGUGGCGGGUCUGGUGCCUGGGUCACAUGCCCUUAGGAAUGGAGCAAUCAAAAUUGGUGACUGGCUCAAGGAGGUGGAGGGAACUGACAUCACAUGGGACAACCUGGAUGAGGUGUUGGCUGAGCUGCAGAUUCCUUCCAUGAUUACUCUCUCAGUGCAGAAGUGUGCCUCGGAAACCCUCCCUGAUGAAGCUGAGAGUGACCACAAGAGAGUGACUCAGACCCAGCUUGUGAAAGUGGUGACGGGAGUGGGGGGAAGCAGCUCUCCUUCCUCACAGCUCCAGGAGAUCCCUCACACCAUCUUGUACCUCAGUCUGGUGGGGGUCACCGAGGACUCUCCUGACGGUGCUGACAUCAGAUAUCAAUUUCCCAACUGGAGCAACAAAUUGGUGAAAGUCCGAGGAAUGUUCAUCACUGCAGCACACACGGUGCAGGAGGUGGCUGGGGCUCCGGCCCUGUGCUCAACUGUGUGUGUGGACGAAGAAUAUUACCACGUGGCUUACACUAGAGAAAAUAAUGACAUUCUCCUGCUGGCAUUACCACAUACUUACGUGUCCAGCCAUGACAUAGUGGGUCUCAUGGAGCAAGUUUCUACCUUGAUCAAAUUUGAAUUUGGUUCAUUGAUCAAGGGUUUUGGAACCUCUAGACACAAAGGCCAUCUUGACCACCUGAUGAGUCAUGUGCUGGGCCAGGUGUUGGGCCACGGACCACAAGAUGGCUUGGCCUUGGCAAGGGAAGAAAGAAGACUCAAUCCCUAUCUUCCUCUGGUUCCAAUCACUCCACAAAGCUGUGUCUUGGCACACCCAACUUGGCUGAUCCUGCAUGACUAUGGGGAAACUAAACUUCAAAUUGACAACUGCCUCAGUGAACUUGAGUCUGGGGAUUUUGGAGAUGAGGAUACAGAGUGUGGCGAUUCCCUCAUGCUCUACAACAUCGUGGGCUCCUGUCUCUUUUACAAGGGUCUUUUAGUCUCUUCACACCUGUCCCCCGAGGAGAUGCGUCUCGUGUGGCUUCUCACAUCUCACCAUGGCUUGCUGUCCCUUACGGCCCAGGAGUCAGUCAGUCAGCUGGUGGGGUGGCGGCGAGUCUACCUGCCAGGGGAGCCUGGCCAGGACUCCCCUUACCCUGUUGCACACUACCUCCUGCUCUCUGCUAUGAAUCACUGCCUGCUAGCCGUGCUCCUGGAGUCUGGCAGCAUCACAGAGAUGCUUGAUGAAAGUGCCGGGCCAGACCCCAUCCUAGUGGACCAGGUCGAGGCAUCACUCUACCACCUCCAUGCUCUUCACGUCAACGCUGCAUGUGAGGAAAGCUUAACAAAUGGUGGCAUUGAGACCAUUUCUGCUGAUGACAAAUUUGGCAAAGGGACGCCCACCAAGAAGCACAAGGAGAGGACAGACAGCGCGGAAGGUGGACUGCGAUUGCCAGAUGUGCCUUCCAUCCUCAAGCAAAAGUCCUCAGUGCCACACGACCAGGCUUUGUACAUGGGAGAGCACAUUGGGAAUGAGUGGGAGGAGGAGGCCAGCGAGGACUCCAUCACUCACAGCUCCCGGGACUCUUCACUUAAUGCAGAGGAGGAGGGGAGGGAGGAGGAGCCAGAUGAUGAUUCAGAGUCUGACUGGAGGAUAUUCAAGCCCACAGACAGCAGAGGCCUUCACCAGUACGACUUUGAAGUGAGAGCACGACCCAACAAGGCACCCACCUCCCCCAUCAGAGUGACGUGUGGUGAGGAGAAUGUUCUGUUCCAUCUCCUGCAGCUGGAGGUGGGUGAGGGGGUGCUGAUUGAGGCUCACCACUCUGUUCCCAGCACCCCUCCUGCCUCCCACCCCACCUGUAGCCCUCCACCACUCCAUGCUCAGAUCCUUCAUAACUUUCAAGCCACUUGUGGACACAUCCAUCACGUAUUACAAGCUGCUGCUCGAUCCAAGCAGGAUGCAUGCUUGGGGUACCAGGGCAGCUCAGCACUCAGCACCAUCAAAGAGCAUGGGGUGCUCUUCCACUACACCCCACCUGCUACUGAGGGGGGCAAGAGGCGUUCACAGACCUUUUCUUACUGGGUCGUUGGGCGCCUACUGGCAGUGCCAUACCAGCGAGAGGUGUACGUCUGCUAUCAUGAGUCAGUGCCACAAAACCUUCUGGAGCUGGCAUUCAAGGUGUCACUUGGGUGUGUGGUGUAAAAGCCUUGUGAUGGAAUGUACACUCAUCAUCGCCAGAAAAAUAAGUUUAUGAUUCUCUAGUAGUUUUUACAGAUCCAUUGUGUAGUGAAGUGUUUUAUGAGGAGCUCAAGUGUCACAGACUAGUACAUUAGUUACUUGUGUGUAGCAAGUUUUCUGCAAAGUGAUAAAGUUGCAUUGCCAUCAUCAGAAAACUUGCAAAAAGAUAGAUAAAUAUGGUGAAUCCUGAAUGUGCAAUGGAAUUGAAGAUGAGGAAAGAGAGAGCCCGAUAUUGAGGUCUGUAGAGUAUAGUGAACUACAGAAUUGAUUAAUUUCUUUAGUCCUCAAAAUCACUGUUAUCCCCACACAGUGAUGGACUCAAAGACAUCAGUUGAUACCAGGGUAAUAGUUUCUACACCUGUUUACAAGUUAACAAGAAGAUAAACUAAGAAAUCUGCCACAUUAGAAUAAAUACUUAGAAAGCAUCCUGCAAAUACUCUAAAAUCUAAUGCUGCAAACCCUUAUUAGAGUUAAAUAUGUUUUUGGAAAAUAUUUUGCAUUCUAUAAUAGCAGUGCCUCCAAUCUCUAAUAUUAGCAUUGUUAGUGCUGUGGAAUUUACAUAUUUUUCACUUUUCUAUACUUUUAUAUUUAUAACCUCUAGAACUUUCAGAAUUUGUAUUUUAAUAAAGAAAAUAAGCGUUGGAAAAUAUGUAUGGAUUAAAUUACCUCU